UGCCCGCUCCAGUGAGAGUACCUUGUCUGGCGGUUUCCGGGGUCUCUCUGAAUCGUGCGCGCGUUACUGUGAGCUGCAUGUACGCGUACGCGCGCAACUCUCUCAUUCACAAGCCAUCUCUCCGCAUUCUCUCUCUAUUCUUCUUUGCUUUCGACCACCAUGAACUCAGUAUAUUCAGGACCGGGAUUUGACUUUGCCAACACAGCUCGCAACUCAUUCCUCGAAAGCAGAGGCCUACCUCUACCAAAGGCCACCAGCACCGGAACGACUAUCGUUGGCUGUCUUUUCAAAGAUGGAAUUGUUCUAGGUGCUGAUACUCGAGCUACCACCGGUCCCAUCGUUGCGGACAAGAAUUGCGAGAAGAUUCACUUCAUUGCGGAUAACAUUCGAUGCUGUGGUGCAGGAACAGCAGCAGAUACUGAGUUCUCUACCGCGCUCAUUGCCUCUAACAUCGAAAUGCACGCGCUCUCAACGGGGAGGAAGCCCAGGGUGGUCACCGCUAUGACUAUGCUCAAGCAGAUGCUCUUCAGGUAUCAAGGAAACAUUGGUGCCGCUCUCGUACUUGGUGGAGUGGACGCCGACGGUCCUCACCUCUUCACCAUUCACCCGCAUGGUUCGACUGACAAGCUUCCAUACGUCACCAUGGGUUCUGGAAGUCUGGCGGCCAUGGCCGUAUUCGAGAGUGGCUGGAAGCAAAACAUGACCCGAGAGGAGGCACUCGACCUUGUUACCGCCGCUGUCUCAGCAGGUAUUUUCAAUGAUCUUGGAUCAGGUUCCAAUGUGGACGCUUGUGUUAUCACUGCUUCGCACACCGAGAUGUUGAGGAACUUCGUCAAGCCGAACGAACGUGUUCAGAAAGAAAGAAGUUACAAGUUCGCCAGAGGUACAACAGCGUGGAAGAAAGAAGAUAUCAGAGAUCUCAUCAUCACUGAGGAUAUCACAGUUAUCAGGGAGGGCGAGGCGAUGGAUAUCUCAUAGACUGAGCUAUAUGUAUGAGUACAUUGUUGCAUUCUGUCUUCUGUUUGUCAAUUCAUAUCACUCAAUAUCAAGUAUUGUUUCUGGAAAGACAAAUUCAUUGAAACUACAGACUACCCCUUUCUAUCUAUCCCACUCCUUAGUUGGAUUGCAUAUGUGGAGAAUUCCUAGCCUACUCAAGGUAGGAUACAACUCAGUCCAGUCAGUCCCAUAAAUAGCUGCAUCUCCA